AGUAGCGGGUUUGAACUGUGGUCGUAGAGUCUUAGGAACGAAGGUCACGUGACAAAACACAACAGGAGAGGAUGAUUACACGUGUUAGCUCGUUAUUAUGAGUGCAGGUGACGGACUGUUAACAAACUAUGGUGGUCUCUGCUGCAUUUUGAACACUUACAGAAAACUUGUGAUACGAUACCGAACACAUUGUGAUAAGGACGCCAUUGAAAAAUAACAUGGAUUCUACCUCAGUCCUCUUCCUUGAGGAAGAACAAUACGUGUACAAACAUCAGUUUACUUAUUAACCAAUGCUGCUCAUACGGUAUUGGAACAACAAUAUGAUCCUCAUCCUGUAUAAACUGAAUAGGUUUAAGAGCCUUUUAUGCAGAAAAAAAAGGGAUUUGUGCAAGUCAUAGACACUACCCUGGAUAGUCAAGCAACUUGGCAACUUGAAUAUCUUCCCUACUCACUAUGGGUAGAAGAAAAUACCAUAGGUGGAACUGAAUGGGUGAUCCUGACAUCCAUUUAAUAUGGCUGACCCAUUCAUCUUGAGGUAGCUGGAGCUGGGAUCAAGCUGAUGCAACAUGUUUUCAAUGAAACUUAUCCAGAGGAAAGUUGAAAGGAAAGAUAACUUCAAGAAGCAGUCUUCCUUUCACAGUGCAAAGCCCAUAACUAAAAAGAAACGAAAGAGGGGUGUACCAGAUGUGGUACAGCAGUUAACAGGCACAACUGAUGGUCCCAACCCUGAAGAAAGUAAUUCGUGUAAGAAGGCCAAAAUGGAGAAGACAGCAAAGGGUGUCAACCCUCUGGGGGUAAAUGGAACACAGUGUUCUGACUCAACAGUAUCUCCAACUUCUGAGGUUCCUGUGUCCCAAUACAUGAAAACAAGGAAAAAGAAGCCUGGGGGUUCCACUUCAGUUAAUUUUAAAACAAAGAAAAAGAAACUCGAGGUUUCUACUAAAGUUAAUGAGAAAGCAAAGAAAAACAAGUCCAAGGUUCCUACUCCUCUUAAUGAGACAAAAGGGGAAGAACAUGAAAUUUUGGCUACAGUCAAUAGGGUGAAGAGGAAAAAGAAGUCCAAGGUUCUUGCUCCAGCUAAUGUGAAUAAAGAAGACGAAUCUGAAGUUUCUACUUCAGGAAAUAAGAAAAAGAAAAAAAAGGCCAGGGUUCCUACUUCAGUUAAUGGGAAGAAAGAAGAAGAAUCUAAAGUUUCUACUUCAGUAAAUAAGAAAAAGAAAACGAAGGCCAAGGUUCCUACUUCAGUUGAUGGGAAGAAAGAAGAAGAAUCUGAAGUUUCUACUUCAGUUACUUUGAAAAAGAAAAAGAAGGCCAAGGUUCCUACUUCAGUUGAUGGGAAGAAAGAAGAAGAAUCUGAAGUUUCUACUUCAGUUACUUUGAAAAAGAAAAAGAAGGCCAAGGUUCCAAUUUCAGUUAAUGGGAAGAAAGAAGAAGAGACCUCAACUAUGUCUGCUUCAGGUAAAGAGAAGACAAAGAAGAAGUUUGAGGUUUCUGUUUCUGUAAAAAAGAAGACAAAGAAUGGAAAAGUAGUGCCUGGGGUCUCUGUUUCCACAUUUAAGAAGAAAUGUGGUAAAAAACUAUCAAAGAAAAAUAAAACCAAAAAGGUUAGAGAAUCAUGUGUUGUGGGGUCAGUAGAAGGUUCUAGUCUCAGAGAGGAGAAUUAUUUUGAAGAAUCCUAUCAAGCUGAUACUCACCUUGAUUUUCUGGAUGGCUGGGAAGAGCCUUAUUCAUGUGAAGUGGGUAACAACAAUGAAGAACAAAAAAUGUCGCAGAGUUAUGAAGAAACGUGGGUUACUGGUUUGGAAAACAAGCAAGAGGAUGCAUUACUAGAAUAUCAAGACAGUUAUGUGAGACAGGAAGGCUCAGAUGAUAUGUCUGUAUUUGCCCAAGAUGAGAAAUUUCCUAAUAGAAGUGAAAAUGGGAAAUUAUUCUCCAAAAGAGGGCCAAUAGGAAAGGUUGUGGGUGUAACUGUAACUAAAAGAGAGACACUUGUUGCAGCUCUCACCCCUGGUUCAACCAUAUACAUCAAAGGUGUGGUGCAAGUCUGUCCACUUGUGGGUACCGUGAAAAUACUGGGCUACACACUGAAGGAGGGAGAGGUACAAUCAAUUUAUUCUGUGACUUCUGCUGCCUUACUUGAUAUUAAUGUAGUGAGUGCUCACAACAUAGACCCUACAGAUAGCCGCCUCCAGGACAAGGAAAUACCAACCAGUUGGCUACAAAAUAUCAUCACGGAGGAGCCUGGACCAUUGUUGAUACUAGAGAUACAGAGGCAAAAUCCACCAGUAGCAAGGUUUUUGUCACAGGCUGGUUGGCAACGAUUGCUGGAGAGCAAAGAAAAACAGGAGUUCUGGUAUAAUGUUCGAGCAACUCUUAUUACAGAGUCCAAUUGCAAACAUUACAAGCUUUUCAGAGCGAACCCAUCAUGGCAUGAAUUUAUUGACAUCAUCAAAACAUGGUGGACUUGUGGCUCUGUGCCUCGAGUUGUGGUGUGUGGAGGAAAGGAUGUUGGAAAGUCUACUCUCUUUAAGUACAUCGCCAAUACCUUACUAAGUAGUGGGUCAGAUUCUGGUAUUAUGUGCCUUGACCUUGACCCAGGACAAUCAGAAUUUACAUUGCCUGCAUGUGUGUCAUUGGCACGAUUAACGAAACCUCUUUUGGGACCAGCAUAUACUCAUAAUAUCUCCAAAGACGCACCCUAUUUCAAACAGGUGUUAGUCGGUGCAACGAGUCCUCAGUUUAUGCUUCAAAGAUACAUGGCUGCAGUUCAGUAUUUGCAUAAAAUAAGUCAGAAACAGCCAUCAGUGCCUUUACUGGUGAAUACUAUGGGGUGGACUCGAGGUACCGGUGUGAGUAUUAUGCUUGAUGUACUGCGAAUUAUAAAUCCAACUCAUGUCAUUCAGCUACAGAGUGGUUGCCGAGACAGAAACUAUCCUGCUGAAUUAAACAGUAACUACGUUGUAAAUUCUAAAAGAGGAAUUGUCAAUGAGGGUAAAAAAUAUGAGCUUUAUUACAGCUUAUUUGUCUUGCCAUCUACAGUAAGAAAGAAAGACACUCCCCAUUCCUUUACACCCAAGAUUUUGAGAGAACUGGCUAUAGCAAGUCAUGUCAGCCAAUUUGUAGUCCAACAACUACAACAGAUCCAAAAUAAAACAUCCAGUUUAGUAAAGCUGUCAUGGACAAGUGUGGUGGUUCAUAUAUGUAGCCACCAGGUACCAAGAGAACACACAUUGCAAGUAAUAAAUGCACAGCUUGUUGCACUGAGCUGGGUCAGUCCGGACAACAUAGAGACUGUGGAUCCAAACCUUCCAAAGCAGCUGACAACUGAUUCAGAUUUUGGAGAGUUAGUUGGUUGGGGGAUUAUUAGUGGCAUUGACUCGUUGACAAGGGAACUGACCAUACUUACCUCCCUUCAACCCCAGAGCAUUACCACUCAAGUAAAUGCAAUAAUUAUGCCAGAGUUACAUCUCCCAGACUGUAUCUAUAAGCUAUUCUCAUCAGGAGAAGGACCAUACUUACAGUUCGGAAAUCGGAAAGGAGCUGCACGACUCAAAGUGAAUCGACAGAUCAAGCCCUCAAAACGCCGCAGGAACAGAUUUUAAUUGUUUUUUAAUUUAUUUGUCGUUUUGAUGUUUAUUUUUACCAUCUCGAUUUCACUCCAAGAAAAUACAGGGUGUCCUCAUUUAGCUUUAGGGCUCCAUACAUUGAAAAUGCAGACCAAUUAUUCCCAUAAGAAUUAAUGGCAAUAGGAGAGUUGCAUUCCAGGGAAAAAUUUUCACCAGACAAAGUUUAAGUAAUUUUUGUACAUGCCAGAGUUUUAACAAAAGGCAUUCUACACAUUGUAAAGUUGUGACAAAGCUUUAACAAAAGAAAUUCUAUAUUUUGUAGUUGGAAAUAAGUUAAAAAAAAUAAAUUGCACCUGUACUUAUAAAUUAUUAGAUAAAUCUGCCACUGAUAACAAACUUGGUCGUCUAAAGAUGGUAUAAAAAAGACAAGGAAUUAAAUCUAGUAGUAAGCUCUACUGAUACCAAACAUGGUAUCAUGAGCUUAUCAGCUACAGUAGUUACCUUCCCCCAAACACACACACAGUCAUUCUCUCUCUCAUUCUUUUUGCACCAUACUACAGAAAUGCAAUUCCUUUAUUCUUUCUAAAACACAUUACAUUAGACAGUUCAUGCAACAACAGAGGGGUUUGUGUGUACAGUACAGUAAACAGAAAUGACCAGAACCUGUUCACACACAGCUUGUUCGUUUCCACUGGUAGGAUCAAGUACGAGACGAGGUGUAAUUAUGUAGGUAAUGAUCCUCAUUUAUAAUAUAUAUUUGUCUGCCUUCCGUAAUUAGUUUGUAAAGAAUUUGGGGAGAAAAUAGUUUAUUACUUUUAUCAAGAAAGGUUUAAAUAUGGCUUCAAAAUUUUUAUUAGAAUAAAAAGAGCUCAAAACUAACACCAAGAUAUGUUUAGGCAUGUGUAAGGUUAGUUACUAUUAAAAGUGUUGAACCCCAUUUUAAUGUACUUUUAAAGAAAAUCCACCAAUAGAGAUCCCAUUAGAAUACAUUGUGUUUUCUGUUGGUCUUUAACAUUGCUGCAAACAAAUACAAUAGAUUAUAACAGAAUCACACGACUUUAUUUGGACACUGAAUCUAAUUCAUUAAAAAGACUACAGUACAGGGUAUAAUGAAAUGAAGCAAUUUUAUUUGAGGACACCCUGUAAAUAAAUAGAGAAAAGUUUAUAAAGCUUUAUGACUUAUAGAGGAUAAGUAUCACCCAUUAAGAAAGAGGAGAAGUUGUCUUUUUUUUUUUUAACUCGGGAGGAUUGGGUGUUAUUAAAGGUUUUCUAAAGGGGUAAUGUGUGGAAUUUUGCCUCUUCAGGGUAAAUUUUCAAAUUAAUACAAGAAUCAAAUAUGAUAGUAAUGAAUGAAUACAACAGGAUAAUUUGUUUAUGUAGUACCUUACAAUAUCUUGGGGGGGGUGAUGUAUUUUGAAACACGACUUGUUACAAUAUGAGUCGAAACAUUCCUUGUGUUGAUUCAUUGCCAUAUACUGUACAGUAUCUGUCUAUGCUUACUCAAAAUGUGGAUUCUUUUUACAGGAUUGUGUUUGUUUCAGUGGUUUUUUGGUUAGUUCUCAUUUACUGUAUAGUUCCUGUACUGUAAUUUCAGAUUUUCAAAAUUUUUUGUUUAACAAUAAGACCAUUAUUAAAUUUUUUAUUGUAAAGUUCUUUUAUCAAAUCAUUUCUUAAAAUGAAAUCUUAAGUGGCCAAAGCUGAGAAGAAAACUGUAAUACAGUACUGAAUGUAAUGCAAAUAUAAGGUAAUACCCCUUUACAGGAUUUUUUUGUUGCAAUAUAUUGCACAGCUGUUUUUUUAGAUCACCACCAGUCUAGUAGCUUGUUGUAAAAAGAUCCCAAUCCCUGUAUUUUAAUAAAGUAAAAAAAAAUA